CGCUGUUUCCGCGGGGCGGGCUCUUCGCCUAUCGGCGGGUCCCUACGCUACGGAAGCGGCGUAAGGGGCCGGCUUCUGGACUCUGAGAGGAGGAGCUGGAGGGGGGGGUAUUGCUAGCAGGCUGCCUCCGCUUUGGGGCUGAGAGGGGGUUAUAAAAAAAAGAAAGAAAGGAACGAACGAAAGAAAGAAAAAAGGAAACGGGUUUUUUUUCCUGAGGAGUCGUGGGAGACAGUCGGGCGGGGUGGCGGGUGGGCGGGGGUUAAAGUUACUCGGCCGCCCAAGGCGGGGUGGGUAGCAGUACCGAGACUGGGCUAAGGCGAGCGGGUGAGAGAACCAGCCGUCCGUCGUCGACCGCCGGAGCGUCCCUCAGCAACGCACCAGCUUCCCUUUCUCCAGUGCUGGGAACUUUUACGCCAAUCCAUGCCGCAACUCCUCACCCUUUCGGGUCGACUGCUCAUGCCUCUGGCUUGGACCUAAACUAUAAAUCUUAGCCCAGCCAGGGUUGGGGGAGCCAUGGGCAGCUCAGCCUCAUCUCUGGCCACCGAGACGGAGUCGGACCAUGGUUUCACUGGCCCAACCUACCCAGGGCACCUGGCUGCAAGUUGGUAUAGAAGUAGCCACAGUGGCCCUGUAUGGGAAAGUGCCCUUAUAACACGGCAGCAUCAGCACGUGAAUCACCGGGCACGAAGCCAAACCCACUCUACUGGUUCUAUGGCCACUGUGCGGGAAUGGUCCUGCACCCGCUGCACGUUCCUGAACCCCAUGGGACAGCGCCAGUGCACCAUCUGUGAGGCCCCACGCCAGAAGCCUGACCUCAACCACAUCCUGCGCCUCAGUGUAGAGGAGCAGAAAUGGGCCUGUGCCCGUUGCACCUUCCGGAACUUCUUGGGCAAAGAGGCCUGUGAGUUGUGUGGCUUCACCCCCGAGCCCGGGCCUGGGGGGUCCCCACUGCCUGUCAUCAAUGGAGUCUUGCCAAAGCCCACCAUCUUGAUAGAGCCCAAGGGGACCUGCAAGGAGGAGAUGCCCAAGGCUGAGAGCUCAGGCGAGGACUCUGAGGGGAAGAGCCCUGAGGAGGUGGGGCUGGAAGAUGGCUGGGCCUGCCAGCGCUGCACCCUUCACAACACCCCUGUGGCCAACUCCUGCUCAGCCUGCGGGGGCCCCCGCAAGCUCUCGCUGCCCAAGAUCCCUCCAGAGGCGCUGGUCGUCCCUGAAGUCAUUGCUCCUGCAGGCUUCCACAUAGCACCUUCCACCCCUCAGCCCAGCGUUGCUACAGAAACUCCAGAGAGCCAUCCAGUUGCCAACCAAGGCGCAGCCACGAUGGAGCAAGAGAGCCAGAAGGUGCCAAGCUUUAGUCUUUUCUCCCCUGGCCUUCAAAACAACCCUGUUCCCCGUAGCCGCCGCGAGGUGCCUCCCCAGCUGCAGCCACCGGUGCCUGAGUCUUCCCAGCCUGCCUCCCCGCCGGCACCUGUGCAGAAGGCCAUUCGCUUCCAGGAGCUCAUGGCCACCAAGCGGCUGAGCAUGCUGGAGGAAGAGAUGGAGGUGAGCCCAUCGCCCUGGAAAUGCAGCACCUGCUCUCUCCUCAGUGCCUCGGGAGCUGGCAUGUGCGAGGCCUGUAGCACCCAGAAGGGCAGCGACACCAUCGACUUGGCUGGGGACUCUGUGCGUUUCACUCCCUGCGGCCCAUCAAGCCCUGACUUCACCACCUGGUCCUGUUCCAAGUGCACCUUGAAGAACCCCACUGCCUCCCAGAAGUGCAAGGUCUGUGGUUCCUCCAAGCUGCAUGGCUUCCAGGAACACGGCACGCAGAGCGAGUCAGCUCCCAAGUGCCCUGAGUGCGGCUCGGACAAGGGCACCUGCGCGGCCUGCAGCUCGAAAGCCCCCUCGGCGCGCAAAGUGGCCCGCCUCUUCCCCUCGCAGCCCCCUGUGACCCCAGAGACGCCCAGCCAGUGGCCUUGCCCAGCUUGCACCCUGCUCAAUGAGUUCAAGGCCAAGCACUGUGUUGCCUGCCACACUCCUCAGGGGUACAUGUCGCAGCGCAAGGGCGCCAAACCACUCCGGCGCCGGGAGAGCAUGCAUGUGGAGAAGCGGCGGCAGACGGAUGAGGGGGAGGCCAAAGCCCUCUGGGAAAACAUUGUCUCCUUUUGUCAAGAGAACAAGGUCAACUUUGUGGAUGACAGCUUCCCUCCAGGGCCCAAGUCGGUCGGCUUCCCCGAAGGAGACAGCGUCCAGCAGCGAGUGAAGCAGUGGCUGAGGCCUCACGAAAUCAACUGCAGCAUCUUCAAGGACCGUUCGGUCAAGUGGUCUGUUUUCCGGACACCUCGACCCUCGGACAUCCUGCAAGGGCUCCUGGGAAAUUGCUGGUUCCUGAGUGCUCUGGCUGUGCUGGCGGAGAGGCCCGAAUUGGUGGAACGGGUCAUGAUUACACGGACAAUGUGCCUGGAGGGAGCCUACCAGGUGCGGCUUUGCAAAGACGGCACCUGGACCACCGUGCUGGUGGACGACAUGCUGCCCUGUGAUGAGUAUGGCUACCUCCUCUUCUCUCAGGCCCAGAGGAAGCAGCUAUGGGUGGCCCUUAUUGAGAAGGCCCUGGCCAAACUCCAUGGUUCGUACUUUGCCCUCCAGGCAGGGCGCGCUAUUGAAGGCCUAGCUACGCUAACCGGCGCCCCCUGCGAGAGCCUGAUGCUGCAGGUCAGCUCCACUAACCCUCGCGAGGAGCCCAUUGACACUGACCUCAUCUGGGCCAAAAUGCUGAGUUCUAAGGAGGCUGGUUUUCUGAUGGGUGCAUCCUGCGGAGGGGGUAACAUGAAGGUGGAUGAUGCAGCCUAUGAAAGCAUGGGCCUUCGUCCGCGGCACGCGUACUCCGUAUUGGAUGUACGAGAUGUGCAAGGAUGCAGGUUGCUGCGGCUCCGUAACCCAUGGGGCCGCUUCUCCUGGAACGGCAGCUGGUCUGACGAAUGGCCCCACUGGCCGGCACACUUGCAGCAUGAGCUGAUGCCCCACGGGAGCAGCGAAGGGGUCUUCUGGAUGGAGUACAGCGACUUCAUCAGGUAUUUUGACUCGGUGGACAUCUGCAAACUCCAUUCAGACUGGCAUGAAGUUCGUGUGCAGGGCACCUUUCCCAACAAAGCCAGUGGACCCAUCACUGUAACCUCACUGACUGUGCUGGAGCGUGCAACACUGGAGUUUGCCCUUUUCCAGGAAGGCAGCAGGCGUUCAGACACAGUGGACAGCCACUUGCUGGACCUUUGCAUCAUGGUGUUCCGAGCCACCUUCAUCAACAGCAACAAGCUGAGCCUGGGCCGCCUGAUGGCGCACAGCAAGCGGGCAGUCAAGAAGUUCGUCAACUGCGACAUCAUGCUCGAGCCGGGCGAAUACGCCGUGGUGUGCUGUGCCUUCAACCACUGGACCACGCCAGUGACGGGCACUUCCUCGGGCCAAGGUAUUUCCAGUCCCACUGCUGGCAGUGGAUGUCCAGCUGCUGAGGUCUCCACCUACAUCCUGGCCAUCUACAGCUCCCGCUUGGUGAUGGUGGAACAGAUAGAAGCCCAGUCGACCACACUGGCUGAUGCCAUCAUUCUUCUCACUGAGAACAAGGGCGAGCGGCACGAGGGGCGUGAGGGGAUGACUUGCUACUACCUGACACAUGGCUGGGCGGGUCUCAUUGUUGUGGUGGAGAACCGGCACCCUAAAUCCUAUCUGCACGUCCAGUGCGACUGCACAGACAGCUUCAACGUUGUGUCAACGCGAGGCAGCCUGAAAACACAAGACAGUGUGCCACCCCUGCACAGGCAGGUUCUGGUCAUUCUGUCCCAGCUGGAAGGCAACGCUGGCUUCUCCAUCACGCAUCGCCUGGCACAUCGGAAAGCCACCCAGGCCUUUCUCAAUGACUGGAUGUCGACUAAGGGGACGCAUAACCCGCUGCUCACACCCGAGGUGGCAGGGCUACACGGGCCCCGGCCGCUAUGACAAAUGGCCCUGCCCUCCCUGCCGCUCUUCUGCUUCUGCCUUUUUUCUGGCCCCGCUUGUCUCAGGCGCUGCCCAAGCCGCCAUUAUUGAGCAGUCAGAAUCGAGGAGGAUGGAUGGGCAGACUGAGUGUCUCAAGCCAAGCGCCUUUCCUCCUGUCCCCUGGGGUCAGGCAGGGAGCUGCUCAGGUCUCCUCUCCCUUGAAAUCCUCUUUCCCCCCCACCCCCACAGCUCCCUCCCCACAGAUGAUGCACUUUAUCCAGAGCUGCUGUCAAGAUAGGAGAGCAGGGGAAUUUCACAGCCUGGAAAGGGACCCGUCCCAGCCCCUGAUGCAGGAGAUGCCUGGAUGCUCCCAGACGCUGGGUCCUGGGACUUGACCCUUCCAACAGCCGCCAAAAAUCCUAAGGCUGCUACAACAAUAAUAUACCUCUGGCCAAUGUGUCUGUCUGUGUGUCUGCCUUACCCCACUGUUAACUGUGUUAGCUGGGUGUGCUACAAUGGGGUAGGAUGGGGUCAGGGAUGAGAGAUGGGUAGGCCAUCCCUGUCUCUGCCUUUCUCAUUACUGGAAUUGCCAUUGGCAGGUGGAGGGAUGAUGAUGUGCAAGAUGGAUUCCAUCUCCCUUCCAGAACUGGGCUGCCAGGGUGAUGAGGAUUUGGAGACCGUGGUGGGAGGGGACCAUCCAUUAGUAGAGCCAUUGUGCUGUUCACUACAAACCAGCUAUAUCGAUGUUAACUAUUUGCCUAGGGUGAGCAGCAUGAGUAGCUAGACUCGGUGUGCAAUGCACAUGAUGGGGAGUGCUGGCUGGACAAAAGAGUUGUGUGAGCCAGUAAUUUAUUGUUGUUGUUGUUGUUUUGUACUUUUCUGCUAGGUUGGCCUAAGCAUGAACAAUGGAACCUGCUGCCAAAACUAUGUAGGGUUGGGGAUAAGCGUCUUUGCAUGCCUUCUCUGCUUGUGUUCCUGCCCCUUGCCUGUGGCACCACAGUCUUGUGUGGAGGAAGGAGCAAGCAGAGCUACAAAGAGCAGAAAAGCACACCUUUCUAAGCAGGCUGCAAACCAUUCCCUCCCCCCCACAAAAAAACCACCCCUGCAUGGUUGUCGCAGGAGAUGGUACCUUUAAGGCCUAAGUUUAUAAUUACGACUUUUUUUUUUUGCUCCUUACAGGGACUUACCUGUAUAUGUUUUGCUGGGGACACUCAGCGGGGCUUGGGGACAGAUGGGUGUAGGCUGCAAGGAAUAGAUUGGGAGUAUGUUAAGUGGGGGCGCAGCUGCCUGCGUCUUUGGGAAGGGCUAGGAAGCUCAGUCACACUUGUGAACCCUGCAGCCAUGUGACACAGAGUUGCUGGAGCAUCCCAUUUCCCUUCCUGACAGUCUACAGCCCAGCGGGAGACUAGCCGGGGUCAUCAGCGGAGGCAGAGGAGAGAGAUGAAUCUUUUAAUGAAUGACCUCCCCUUGUGCCUUCCAUGUUUCCAGUUUGGUGCAAAUUUGAAAGCUACCAGGUGGGCAUGCCCGAAAACUUUCACACGCAGCUGAGUCAGGUUAGCACUUUUAGACUACGUACACAGUGUACAUUUAAAGCACGCUGUCUUCCCAUUAUCCCACAAAAAAGUAUCCUGGGAACUGUAGUUUACCCCGCACAGAUCUACAAUUUCCAGCACCCAGUUCCAGGAUUCUUUGGGAGGUGCUUUAAAUGUACAGUGUGUACGCAGCCCCAGUCUUCAUCAAUCUGCUUUGUACUUUGAUGCUCAACCUUCAGAAAAAAAGGACUUUAGAAAUGCACCUGUGGAGUUUUCCACACACCCCACCCAAGGAGCAUAGCCUUAUGCUGUUGAAGAGGUCUGGGGGGGGGGAUGGUUGUGCCUUUGGCACUCAGCCGGACCCUCUGUAAAGGAGAGCCUGGUCUCCGUCGACACCCUUGAAAAAGCCACUGAAUGGCUCCUAAUACACAUGCUUACCAUAGCCAACAUUUGGGACGACUGCACAGCAGAGACUGUAGAGGCAUGCCUCUUGUCCUCCAGAUGACCCAGAGUGGGACUGAGCAUAAUGGAUAUCUGUGGAGUUGGGACUCAGUAACAGGGUAUCAGGUACAGGGUUUCUAGUCCACACUGUGGGCUCAAGGCACAGGGUAGCAGGGAAAGUGUCUUCCUGCCAACGUCAUUGACUCAGGCACAGGGUUGGAGGAAUGUAUCCUGGAAAGCAUGGGGAGGGGGGCUCAUGGCCAGCAGGGUCCUCCCCUGUUGUGCAGCUCUAUAACGUGUCCAAGCCCUGCAUUAGAAAAGGGCCUUGCCACGCACAUAGGUGGGCAGUCCAAAGAGGCUAAUUCCCUUGGAACUCCAGCCCAUCCCUGCCUCAGCUUGUUGACCAGUCGAGCACCAUAAGGGCGAGUGGAGCCAGUGGGGGUGCGAGUGGGACAGUGCUUGGCACAUUUGAAACACCCACCUAAUGAAGUGUAGGCUGGACCUGCUCCCUGGCUGCUCUUUUCAUUUCUGUAUCCAGGGAGAAAUCUGUAAUGGUGUGGCAAUUGUCACCAGCCCCGACCAUUGGCAUCUCCCACUGUGGAGCUCUCAGGCUCCUAGCAGGAAAUAUGAGUGACACUUCAGUGAGCCUUCACCACCAUAGGCUGCCCACGAAUGGAACAUUGCCAUGCAUGGGAUUUGACCAGUGCCAGGCAAACAAGGUAACAUCCACACCAUACAUUUAAAGCAUUCUUAUACCAGUUUAAUGGGCACAGCUUCCCCCCAAAGAAUCCUAAGAAUUGUAGUUUCUUAACUGCUGAGAGUUGUCGGGAGUCCCCCCUGUUGCCUUCACAGAGCUACAAUUCACAAUCAAUCCCUCUUCCCAGGGAACUCUGGGAAUUGUAGCUCUAUGGAGGGGGGAAUAGGGGUCCUCUAGCAACUACAGGGCUCGUUUCCUUUUAAUAAAUGGAUUUGGGAUACUUUUACCAGCUACAUUUCUCGGCAUCUUGGGGUUCCCCCCCUUUUUUUUCUUUUUCUGUCCUCUAGCAACUCUUGGCACCCUUAAGAACCUACAGUUUCCAGGAAUCUUUGAAGGAAACCAUGAGUAUUUAAUAUGAUACUGCUUUAGAUGUAUGGUAUGGAUGUGGCUUAAGAGAGAACACAAUGAUAAUAAUCUGGGUAGCUAUUAAAAAACCGCCUCUCUGCAUAUGCCCUUGUUCUGCAAAUGACAGCUUUCAGCUGGGAGUUCAAAAUUCAGCUGUGUGUUGUCUUAGUUCCUUCUGUGUCUCUGAUUUCGAGUGGAUUCCAAUUAUAGUUCGGAGCACUGCUGGUUGAUGGCUCCAUGCCAGCGGGACAGUGGAAUCUGCUCCGGGUUUUAGCCCAGACUUCCAAGGAGCUCCACUGGUUUGGAGUGCCCUGUAGUCUUCCCUCCCCUCAAAGAUGGAGGAUGUGUAGUGAUGAUGGUGUUAGCGAGAGGAAGCAUGUAUUCCCCCCUCCCCUUAAGCAGAGUUUUAAUUCACCUUCCAGGGUGAGCUGCCAUGCCCUCCCCCUUCCCGUGGUCGACCCUCCAGUAGACAGAAGUUCCCACAGGUGAGCCUUUAUUCAAGCACAGAGAUGCAGCGAGAGGGAAACAUCUCGCCAAUUUCUGCCUGCCACAUGGCUGCGAAAGAACUGAGAACCUGUCCCCAAAAAACGGGAGCUCAGCUUUCAAGGAAGCUGUUAGAUUUGCACUAAUUACUCUUCCAGCGACUUCUGGGAAAUAUAGAUUGCUGGAAUUGUUUUGUUUUGUUUUGUAAUGGAAAAUCAGCCACUGUGAUAGAGGGGGUGGGUCGAGGUGUCAUGUGCAUACUGUCUAGAAGUCUCAUCUUCUAACAGGUUGAACUCCUGUAACAGGGGUCAAGCACUGUCGGCAGUUUGGAUCUACAGAUUUCCACAGCUCUUGCAUGUGCUGUAUGGAGAAAGGAUUGAACUCAAGCUACUGUGUUGCAGCCUUUUUUCAGCAGCUCUCAUAGGGCAUAUCUUCACUAAGGACUUAAACUGGUUUUAAUACUUUCCUUAAUACAUUCCUCUCCAAAGAGGUGUAUUUAUGCUCCAGAUUUCUCAUGGUUUCCUAUCCAUUCCUUCUUCACAGGGAGCAUGGGGAGGGGGCCCCUUAACAAUCUCUGUAAAACCUCCCAGGAUUUUUCAAAGGAAGCCUUCACAGUUUAAAGCAAGUAUAAAAUCAAUACAUUCGUAGUGCAGAUAUGCCCUUUUUGUACUGGGGUGCAUUGACAAGCUGGCAUUUGGGAGCUCAGAAGGGCAGGAUGUGGCUUAGCUGAGGGCUAAAGUGGCAUUGCCAGGACCUUUUGAGGAUGGUAUAGCAGUGCCAACAUUCUAUCAUGCUAGUACAUUUUCUCUCCCCCCCCCAUUCCAUUUUCUCUCCACCCAAUCAGAUAGCAAUGAGGAGGAAGUCGGUUUUUCUUCCCCUCUGUUUAUCCAAUCAGCUUUCCCACCACCAACCAGUGUUUACUCUGUAUCUCCUUUUCCGGCUCAUGCCACCUCAGGCCAGGGAGUGGUUGAACCUGUUAGUUCCUCGGUAAUUGUUUUUACACUGUCCAAAAUGUCUCCUUUCUUCUUUUUGUCUUUUUUUGAUGGUUUUUCUUGUCUUUCUGUUCUCUCUCUCUCUGAGCUGUGAAUAAUUUUUAACCAUGUAAAUAUUGUCCAGCUCUUAAGAAAACAUAGGAUAUUUUAUCAAUUGUAAAUCAAAAUCUGUAAUCAGUCCCUGUACAAUACGAAUUAUCCCAUGGGUGGUUUUCAAACUCAGGUUCCAAAGGACCAAAUAAAAAAAAAUUGUUUUUUAA